CUCUUCCUCUUUUUCUCUCUUUUCCAUAGCAUCAUUCAUAAAGUAAAGCCAACACAUAAAGCCAGCCCACAAACGAACUAAAACAUUCUUUCUUGCCACAAAGCUGAGCUUCAGACAAACAGGAGGAAAAAUAUUGGUUUGAGGUGUGAAAGCAAGGGAGCAAGGAGAUGGAAAGGAAUAUAGAACCAAACAAUAAUAAUUCAUGCGCAAAAGAAGUAGGGUUAGAGAAGAAGGUAAGACCACAAGAACAACUGAAUUGUCCAAGGUGCAAUUCUACAAACACCAAGUUCUGCUACUACAACAACUAUAGCCUCACACAACCCAGAUACUUCUGCAAAACUUGCAGAAGGUAUUGGACUGAGGGUGGGUCCCUCAGAAAUGUCCCUGUUGGAGGAGGUUCCAGAAAGAACAAGAAGCUCAUUACUAAUAAUCCUUCAUCUUCAUCAUCAAAGGUUCUUCCUGACUUGAAUCCACCAACAACUACUGUUGUUCCUUCUUCUUCUUCUACUUCUUCUCAGAAUCCUAAAAUAUUAAUGCAAGGAGGCCGGGAUCUUAAUCUGUCUUUCCCACCUGUCAUGGAGAAUUAUGACCACCACCACCACCACCACCACCAUCAUGGCCUUAGUUAUCAAAGCUCUUCUUCUUCUUCUUCAACAACUUCUUCUUCUUCUACUUCUGCUUUGGAGCUACUAAGAGCAGGCAUGGCUUCUAGGGGUUUGAAUAAUCACCCUUUCGCUCAUAAUCCGAUAUUGAUGCCAAACUCUAAUAAUAAUGCGCUUUUCCCUUCUGGGUUUAGUCCCAUGCAUGAGGUUAAGCCAAGCCUUGGAUUUUCAGUGGAUGAUCAUCAAGGACUUCGAAGCAGAUAUGGUGUUCAAGAGAAUAAUAUGAAUGCUAGCACUGGAGGCAGAUUAUUGUUUCCUUUUGGAGAUGUCAAGCCGAUUCCAGGAGCUCAUGAAGUGGAAGAAAAUAAAGAACACGCUGGUGGGAAUUCAUCUUCUGGGUAUUGGACUGGUAUGAUUGGUGAAGGAUCCUGGUAAUUACGAAGAACAAGAGAUCAGAAAACAGAACUUGGAACAUAGUUUCUUUGGUGAUUGUUCUCAUCAGCCUCUUUAAUUUAAACAUGACAAGCUGAAUAAUAAUCUGUCGGGAAAAACAUGCCAUGUCUUUAUUACAGAAUCUGCUGACGAUAUAAAUACCAAGAUAAUGGCCUAAGUUUUAUCAGAAGAAAUGAGAGGAGAAGGGAGAAGAAGAGGCUGCAUUUUUCUUCUUUGUUUUCAUUUUCUACAUCGCUCUCUUUGUUUGGAGUUGCUCAUCGGAACUAACAGAACCAAUAGGAUACAUUUGGCUACUUUUUUUUUCUUUUAAAUUUUCAAACACUACCUUUAUGCAAUGUGAGAGGAUAUAUUUAAUUACUACAGCUCUUAGCUUGUGAUCGAUCUCUCUUGGGGUGUAAUUUUAUGAUGAUGAUUAGAGAUAGAAGAAAAGAUGAAUAUAGGGCCUCUUUUUGUCUAGGGCUUUUAUAUGCCAUAUUCACCUGUAUUCAUGAAUUCUUCAGUACUGAUGAUCAUAAUUGUAGAGAUGAACAACUUUAUUUAA